AUGGUUCAGUGUGAGAGCCACUAUGGGGAGAGGGAGUUGUUCUCUGCCACAAAAGAUGAAACUGUGCUCCAGAAUCACGAGGGUCUGUGCUAUAAUUCUUCUAAUGAGACUUUUCAGAGAUUCUACACAGUAUUCUCACCCACAGAUACAUUUAGAACCUUCCAGCCAGUUUUGAGGCUGGACGACUACAAGGCUUACAGGCCUAUGGGGGUGCAGCCAGCCCAACAACUGGUGAGCCAGCCAGGAGGCCAAGGAAACUCCGUGAGCAUGGAGACGUCAGGAAAUAAGGACAGGAACGGAAAGUUUCAGGGGGAUCUACCCCAGGUGAACACACUACAAAAUGGCCCUGAUUCUGGAGGUAAAUGGUUGUCCUCCACACCCCUGGAAAUCCUGUUCUUUCUGAACGGGUGGUAUUAUGCUACCUAUUUCCUGCUGGAACUCUUCAUAUUUCUGUAUAAAGCUCUGACUUCUGUAUUGGCAGGUCUCCUGCUACCAUAUCCAACAGCCAAUCUAGUACUGGAUGUGGCGAUACUCUUCCUUUAUCUUGGAAUUGAAGUAAUUCGACUGUUUGUUGGUACAAAUGGAAACCUCUGCCAGCGAAAGAUGCCACUUGGUAUUAGUGUGGCCUUGACCUUCCCAUCCACCAUGAUGGCCUCCUAUUACCUGCUGCUGCAGACCUACAUGCUCCGCCUAGAAGCCAUCAUGAACAACAUCUUGCUCUUCUUCUGUGGCUCAGAGCUGCUGCUUGAGGUGCUCCCCCUGGCUGCUUUCUCCAGUAUGGACAGGAUUUGAAGUACAAAAAUUUCAGCCAACAGCCCUCACAGGCCGAGACCACACAUACCUCUGGUACUUUAGCCAUACCAGUGAGAAACGGUGGGUCAAGCUGUCCUGGGAAAGGUUGCAGCUUUUCCU